UGAUUCGAAGGCCGGAAAAGCGAUUAGGGAACGCGCCUCUGUGCAACAAGUACACGACUGAGGAAAUCCCUGCUCGCACUCGAAAUCUCCAUUGAGAUACAUCAACCUUCCUUGUGCUACAACUCAUUCCUCAGCCCCACGAUUUGCCCUUUGCAUCUGCACACAGCCGUAACGCUAAGCAGGGAACAACAGACACCAAAGCUCACAUUUGAGGGGACGCCUUCUGAACCCCUUCCUUGCUACACCACAGGGAGCAGCCCCAACCCCCAGGGCAGCGCGAGGCGCGCAGCGCAGCGACGGAGGAGGAGCCGCCCGGGCAGGUGUGCCUGCAGCCAGCACCGAGCCACUGAGAGCACCACGGAGGACUGAGGGGAUGAUGAUGGAGCCGCUGGAGACCAACGGCAGCUGCAGCAACGGGUCUCUGCUCUUCAUUUCAUGCCUUUCCCAUCGAGUUGUGUGCCAGGUGGUCAGAGGUGCUGAUCUGGCUGACCCUGGCCAUGACAAUGGGACUGGGGACACCUCCUGGGUAACACGGCUGGAAAGUAACUAUGGAUUCUACAUUGGUCUGGGCUUGGCUGUCUUCUCCAGUUUCCUCAUUGGCAGCAGCAUCAUCCUCAAGAAGAAGGGGCUGCUCCGGCUGGUGGAGAAGGGAGGCACCAGGGCAGGAGAUGGAGGCCAUGGCUACCUGAAGGACUGGCUCUGGUGGGCUGGCUUGAUAACGAUGGGUGGAGGAGAAGCUGCCAACUUUGCGGCCUAUGCCUUUGCUCCUGCGACCAUUGUCACACCUCUGGGGGCCCUCAGCGUGCUCAUAAGUGCCAUUCUGUCUUCGUAUUUGCUGGGAGAGCGGCUCAACCUGCUGGGAAAGCUGGGCUGCAUGCUGAGCCUCGUGGGCAGCACAGUGAUGGUGAUACAUGCACCAGAGGAAGAGGAGGUCACCACUCUGGAUGAAAUGUUAUUUAAGCUGAAAGAACCAGGUUUUCUUGCUUAUGCUGCAGUCCUUCUGGCUGUCUGCUUCCUCCUCAUCUUGUACCUCGCACCUCGCUACGGGCGGAGCAACAUCCUCAUCUACCUCACCAUCUGCUCCAUUAUUGGGGCCUUCUCUGUGUCCUCAGUCAAGGGCCUGGGUAUUGCCAUCAAGGGCUUCUUUGCUGGCCAGCCCGUGCUGCAGCACCCACUGACGUGGAUCCUGGUCAUCACGCUGGUAGCAUCCAUCACUACACAAAUUAACUACCUCAAUAAGUCUCUAGACAUUUUUAACACCUCUUUGGUGUUUCCCAUCUACUACGUUCUGUUCACCACCAUCGUCAUCACAACUUCCAUCAUUCUCUUUAAAGAAUGGGUGGCCAUGACUGUAGUGGAUAUCAUUGGGACAGUUUGUGGCUUCCUAACCAUCAUUUUGGGAGUGUUUUUACUCCAUGCCUUCAAAGACAUGGACGUCAAUUUAGGGAAUCUGCCACAGGUCCUCCAGAAUGAACAGGAGGCACCGGUCACCCGAGAUGACAAGAACAUCCUGAUAGAAGUGGACAACUCCAGCAUUGCUCCGGAGGAUAAACCAAAAGCACUUGCAUGAACUCUAAAGUACAGAACAAUAUCUCAAACAAAGGCAAAAAAUGAGGACUGCUAUUCACAUUCUGCUUAUCCACAUUUAAUUAUUCUGCAAUUUUGGAUGAAGAAUAUUGGUAAAAUAUGGUGAAUUUUGGAAGAAGCAUCAGGACCCAAGCCAUAAAGUGUUUAUAUGGGAUUGUGGCAGAUAAAUCACUUUACACUUUUGUUUGUGAGGUACAGGAGUUUCCCAGCAGCACAAUGUUAAUUAGUUUUCUGCAACUUUUUUUUUUUUUUUCCCAUUAGAAACUGCAGUGCCCAAGCUGCAGUGUUG